CCUGCCUGGCCCUUGAGCCCGUGGACGCCCAGCUCAGGACCUCAGGCCCCUGCCCGUGCCUGGAGGGGAGCAUGGACGAGCGGGAUGAGAAGCCCCCAGGGCCCCUGAAGGCUUGUGUGCAGGAAUUUGCCAUGCUGUAUCCAAAGCCCUCAAGGUACUGUUUCCCCCUUGGCCAGCGGCUCACAACUUUGCUUGAGAAUAAGCAGUUGGAAAGAAUGUUUGAGGACAUGCAAUGCAAGAGGAGAGUUAAAUGAGUUAUGGACUCUCUUCUUCCUCAGGAGAUUGUUGUCAAGGUCGAGAGAGAAGAUGCCAGGUCACUGGCUGUUCCAUCCCAGGAAGGAGCGAAUUUCAAAAUAGUGACUGUGGACUUCACUCAGGAGGAGGAAGGCACUUUGAACCCUGCCCAGAGGACCCUGGACAGAGAUGUGAUCCUGGAGAACCACAGGGACCUGGUCUCUUGGGACUCAGCAACUGCACUUGAAAGAAGAGAGUCAAUAUCAAAGCAGAGCAUUUUUGAUGAACCAUCCCACAGAGUGAAGAUAGAAGGGUUGACAAGAGAUGAUCCUUGGUUAUCUUCGUGUGAAGAAGUUCAGGAUUGUAAGGAGCUAAUGGAGAAGCAAGAGGAAAAACAAGAGAGACUUUUGAAGGAAGUGACAUUUAUGCACAGGAAAGCUGUUACUCAUGAGAGAGCCUGCAAGAGUGAUGACCUUGAGAAGUGUGGUCUGAAUUCCAGUCUUUCACCACAGAUGAUACCCAUAAGAAACUGUUUUCAUAAACAUGCUUCACAUGUUAAAAAACUGCAUUAUAAUUCUAUGGUAAACACUCAUCAGAUAAUUAAUGAUAGUGAGAAACUCUGUGAAAGUAAUGAAUGUGGAAACCUCCCCCAGAGCAUUCAUUUUAUUCAGUUUAGAAGAACUCAAACAGAAGAUAAAUCCUAUGGAUUUAGUGACAGUAUUCAACCUUUUAGCCAUGGUACACCGCUAAAUAUACAUGAGAAAAUACAUGCACGAGGAAGAUCCUUUGAUUUUAAGGAAUGUGGGCAAGUUUUGAACCACAGCAUAUCCCAUAAUGAACAACAGAGAAUCCCUGUUGAAGAGAGUCAGUAUAAAUGUAGUAAAACCUCCCAAAGUUCACUCCUUGCUCAAAACUUGAGAAAUCAUUCUGAAGAGAAACCCUUUGAAUGUAAUCAAUGUGGGAAAUCCUUCAGCUGGAGCUCUCAUCUUGUUGCACAUCAGAGAACUCAUACAGGGGAGAAACCUUAUGAAUGUAACGAAUGUGGGAAAUCAUUCAGCCGCAGCUCUCACCUUGUUUCCCAUCAGAGAACUCAUACUGGAGAGAAACCUUAUAGAUGUAAUCAGUGUGGGAAAUCCUUUAGCCAGAGCUAUGUCCUUGUUGUGCAUCAGAGAACUCAUACUGGAGAGAAGCCUUAUGAAUGCAGUCAGUGUGGAAAGUCAUUUAGGCAGAGCUACAAACUUAUCGCACAUCAAAGAACUCAUACUGGAGAGAAGCCCUAUGAAUGUAGUCAAUGUGGGAAAUCAUUUAUCCAGAGCUAUAAACUCAUUGCCCAUCAAAGAAUUCAUACUGGAGAAAAGCCCUAUGAAUGCAACCAAUGUGGAAAGUCUUUUAGUCAAAGUUACAAACUUGUCGCCCAUCAAAGAACUCACACAGGAGAAAAACCCUUUGAAUGUAAUCAGUGUGGAAAAUCCUUCAGCUGGAGCUCUCAACUUGUUGCACACCAAAGAACUCAUACUGGAGAGAAACCCUAUGAAUGUAACGAGUGUGGGAAAUCUUUCAACCGCAGUUCUCACCUUGUUAUGCAUCAGAGAACUCAUACUGGAGAAAAACCGUAUGAAUGUAAUCAGUGUGGGAAGUCCUUCAGCCAGAGUUAUGUUCUUGUUGUACACCAGAGAACUCAUACUGGAGAAAAGCCCUAUGAGUGCAGUCAGUGUGGGAAAUCCUUCAGGCAGAGUUCAUGCCUUACUCAACAUCAGAGAACUCAUACUGGAGAGAAACCCUAUGAAUGUAAUCAAUGUGGAAAAACAUUCAGCUUGAGUGCUCGACUUAUUGUACAUCAAAGAACUCAUACUGGAGAGAAACCCUUUACAUGUAAUCAGUGUGGGAAAGCAUUCAUUAAUAGUUCUAAACUUAUUAGGCAUCAGGCAACUCAUACUGAAGAGAAACCCUAUGAAUGUAACUAGUUUAGAAAUCUUGCAUCCAGAGUAUAGUCUUUCCUCCCUCCCUUCCUUUAUUCCUUUGUUCGUUCGUCCCUCCCUUCCUGUCUCCCUCCCUCCAUUCCUUUCUUUCUUCCCUUCCUUCCUUCCUUCAACCCCUCAUUCCCUCCUUCCAUUCCUCCAGGAUUACAUGUAUUGGAAAGAACUAGCAUGAAAACAGUGUGUGUGGAAAAAGCUUUCAGUUAGCUCUCUGUUAUUGUGUAUCUAGAAAUUCGUUCUGCAGAAGAAAGAGAGAAAAACUAUGAAUCACAUAUUUUACUUAGCAAUUUAAAAAAUCAAAUUUGGCCCUUAUAACACUUUCCCACAAAAGUAAUAACUGUUGGUACUUUUCCUUGCAGAAAGCACUUCUGCCUGAAUCUGAGAGAAUUACCGUUAAAUGGGCAAUAUGCUGUGGAGUGAUUGCCAGUGAGGUAGACCUCUUUUCCAAUAAAGAAUAAAUGAGAAUGCUAACACUGGUGGGCUUGUUGUUGAGAAGGUUGGAAAACUGCUGUAAUUAUUAGAACUUAGACUGGAAAAUGAUAUUUCAGUGUAUCAUUUUCCAACAUGAUUUCCCAGCAGCUCUUUGGUAAACUUUUUCAUACAGCACUUUCUCUUAUAUGUGAAAUUUUUUUUUUUAAUUAGGCAAAUGGCUAUGAUAUGAACUGAAAAAUGCAGUGCAAGAGUAUAGAACAUUCAUUUCUAAAACCAUCAUGAUAAGAUAUUUGUGUAUGGAUCAGAAUCUAAAGGGAUCCUAGGUGUAUCUGUUUUAAUUUUAGGUUUAUGCCUGGUUUUAUUUUUUUUUUGGAAUGUAUGCUUUUUUAAAUAAUACUAAUAAAAGAUAUGAUGAGUAAUAAUUAGUCAAAAAAAUACAAAGAUUUCCACCUCCUUUGACCAUUUAGGAAAGACAGGACAGCCAGAUAGCAAAGAUCCCUCAAGGUUCUGAGACUUCCACUUGGAUUAGCAUAAACAGGUCACACCUCAGGACUGAGAUUCCCAAGAGUAUCCCUCAUUGAAAAUAAAAUACUUCCCUGGGAAUGUGGAACUGGAAAUUUAAGCCAGAGGGACUGAGAAUGCAUGGGCAGUAUGGAGGGCAAAUGAGCUUUAAAAAAAAAAAAAAACAUAUAUACAAAGCUAUACAAAGGAGCUCUACUUUUAAGGUGUUUUUUUCCCCCCUCCACUCUUGUAGUAUUGCCCUUUUUUUCCCCUCUGAGGAAAAUUUCCACCUUAUUUUGUGGUUUUAUGUUCCCUAAUGAGAAUCCUCUGAGUGGGAAGGCACUGCCCUGGCUAAGUUCUCACCACCUAAAUUAAGCUCACAAGAAUGCUUUUAGUGGGGUAAAAUUUGUAGCUUCUCAUUGGUUUUUUAGAUUUGGUUCUCAAGUCUUUCUAGACUUUGCCCCUAAAUCAUGAAUUCUAAUCCUGUGGAUUAACAUGGACCUGAAACCUCUGAUCCCAGAGAGUUAUCGAAAAGUAAGCUGAGAGUUGAACUGAGAGGCCAGAGAAUAGAGGCAAAUUCCCCAGAGAAAGAAAGAAAAAGCUAAAGUGAUAUCUAAUAGGUGUUACCCUUAGAAAAUUUGUCCACAUGAGGUGACCCUAAGUGGAUCAUCCUAUGAGGAUUAAGCCAGAGAGUACAGCACACCUGGCAGUGACUGAAGUUCUGGGGAAACAGUUGUUGAUGGAUGGAAAACUGGCUCCCUGCCCCAGGAGAAUCUUCAGUCAGUUCAUGAAUGCACCCCAGAUAGAGGAACAGAAGGGGUUCUCCAUGCACUGCCUUUGGGGGAGGACAUAAAAUUGUGAAAAUGCUGAUUUGCUAGUGGGACGUGGUUAGGCUUCUUUUCCCCAAAAUUAUAGAUAAAACCAAUGCCAGUACUAGGUGCAAGUGGAUGAUUUUCACUGGGCGUGUUGAAUCUUACUUUGAAGACAGGCGACAGGAUUGUACACAUGAGUUUAAAGCCAACUGGGCAAUGGGGAUAUGUGUAUAGAAACAGAUGAUUGAACUUGGUGUACCCCCCCCCCAAAAAAAAAAAAAAAGCCAACUGGGCUAAGAAAGAGGCCUCUGAAGAUUUCAAGUUUGGAAAGGGAUUUAUUGCAAAGUAAUCUCUUUAGUGUUGAAAAUAUUUCAUUGAAAAUGAAAUUGGUAAAACUGCAAAGAAUUUUGAAGUGAGUAUGUGUGUGAUUGUGUGCUUCCUGGCCAGGUUGAAUAUGCGAGUCAUCUGUGUGCACUGUCAUAAUUAUUACAUCAGUUCCUACAUGGUGAAUUAUGAUUGCCAAGUGUUUUGAGGUAAGAUAGAUCCCAUAAGUAAACAAAAAAAUGUUAAUUUCAUUAUUUGCUUAAUAAUUUCCCUCUGUAGGAAAGUUAUGUUUUAAAAAAAAUAGCCAAUAAUGAGAAGUUAAAGUGACAGCGUGCCAAAAAUACAUAAUUAAACCUCCGAAGCUAAAAUUUAGAAUAAAAAGGGAGAAUCAGUAACUUGAUUUUAAUGACAUAUAUAUGACACAUACAUAACCACAUAUGUCCCCUGCAUAAAAACUUUUGUGUAAAAUUCAGAAAAUAAAAUUGUACUUUGCCAUAGAAAAAAUGUAUAGAGAUUUUACAGGCCAAACUUCUUUCACUAUACUCUAGUAAAAUUAGAAAUAAAUGAAAGGUGACCAAAAUGUUUUAAAAUACAUGGAUGUUAAGGAAUAUUCUCUCCCCUAGAACCAAUUUUUUAAAACAUUUUUAUAGAUUUGUUGAGAUAUAACUGACAUAAGUUUAACAUGUACAGCAUAAUGACUUCACUUACGAAUAUUAUGAAAUGGGGAAUUCCCUGCCAGUCUAGUGGUCAAGACUCCAUGCUUUCACUGCCAAGGGUGCAGGUUCAAUCCCUGGUUGGGGAACUGAGACCCCACAAACCCUGUGGCAUGGCCGAAACAUAUUAUAUAUAUAGUGAAAUGAUUACCGCAAUUAGUUAACAUUCGUCAUCUCAUAUAGAUACUAAAAGAAGAAAAAGAAAAAAGUGGGGGUUUUAACUAUAGUCAUCAUGUUUUCCACCCACACUCUUGUUUAGUCUUAAGUGCUUUUGUACUAUUUCCACCUUAUUUUGUAGUUUGAUGUUUUAGCUUACUCCUAGGCCUGAUAAAGGUAAACGUGCUUUUAAUGUUUCGUUUUAUUUUGUUUUUAAUGAGGUUUCAGCUAGGAGAGGGGAGGGAAUCCAGACUUUUUGAUGCUGUUUUCAGAUAUGCCUUUUAUAUUUCUAAAUUUCUUCUGGAUUUUGUACUUGAUCAAUACCCUCUUUUUUGUAUGUCAUAUUUAAUGUACUUGAUAAGACCAGUUAAUCUUACCUAGGCCUUUAGAACUAUAUCUUGAAAAAUCAGUAUUUUUCCUGUUUGCUGAUAGAGGUUGCACAUGGACUCAGUUUCCCUUUAGAAGACUUGGUGGGUCACAUCAGUAAAUAGCAUAUUGCUUUUUACAAAUUAUAGCAGCCUGGGUUCUUAAUUGGAAAGCACACGAGCCAACUCUAACCAUUUGAUUCAGAAAAAGAUGUUAGGUGGCUUCAAGAAUCAGCAAGAAAGACCAUGUUCACGGCUUCACAGAAACAACUGCUGGAAUCGUGGUUGCAGAGCUUGUGAGAGUUCCUCAGUGUUCCCAGAGUUCCUUGAGAUAUAUGAAAGAACCAAAUAUAUCUUCUGAUUCUAAGUCUGGGGCAAGUGCCUAGGUCUGGUGGAUCCUAGGCUGUGUCUGCACCUGAGUUGUGUGGAAGGUUAAAACACCAGGGCCACCAGUGCCUAGUGUUCCCUAGAGAGUCCAUAGUUGUAGAUGGGCCCUGCCUUCCACUCAUACUAAUUCUUUGGGCAAUUUGUCAUUCAUGGAAUUGUUACUCAUUUGCUAAGCAACAGCAAAGGAAGGGAAAAAAAGGUUUCCAGUAUAGCCCACUCCUGCCUAGCUCAUAUGUCAACAUUUUCUUCAGUCUCUGCAUUUCCAUUUACUUAAAUAUGUAUAUGCAGCCUCCUACUUAACGUUUUACAGCUCUCUUAGAACCGAAAGCAUGUGUGCUCUCUUCCUCACAUAGGGAUAACCCAGGGCUUCACAUCUUUGCUUCCACUUGCAAGUCUUGAAUCUGUGAGUGAUGUCUGUUCCUUUUCUAGUGAAAAAUUCCUCACGUAAAAAGAUGGUUCAAAUGCUGGGCAUUUAAAGGGCGUGGGGGGUGGGGGAGGAUUGUA